AUGGACAAGACGGUUGUUGGCGUAAAACGUGAUGAGAAACGUGAGGUUGAGCUGUUUGGCGAGCCACGAGAUCAAGGCUUCGUGAAGGGUGGACGUGAUCUGGACUUGGAGCGCAUCUUCAAACGUUCGGUUGAGCGUGGAACGUCGGAUGAGCAAGGAUCUCCCUCGUCCGUACUUCGACGAAGCUUGGCUUGCGAGAAAAUCAACGUUCGAGACAAAGGUUCGAAAUACUCGGGCGUUCGUACCUUGUCGAAAACGCGAAACGAUACAGACCGGAGUCCCAGAGCCACGAGUCAAGUUACAUCAGAGCAAACCCUCCUAGGGACUUGGACAGUUUUAUCGGCAGCUAGCCUGAGUACAGCACUGACUCAUCAUGAUGGCGUGUUGGUCGCUGAUCCCACCAAAAUUAUAACUCCGACUUUAGGUAGUACUAGUAGUACUAGUGUUCCCUGCUUCACAGACCAAGACCGCGCGUCUGAUCCUUCUCGCAGAAUGACUCGUAUCGUUGGUCUCCUGCAACAGGCGAAAGAUGUCUUAAAUGGCAAUAAAGCCGGGCACAACUUUGCGACGUUCAAAAAGAACGCCAGACAGGCGUUUCCGUCGAUAACUCUCCCAAAAAGUAAUAGACGCAGCGAUGGAUUCGUCCCUCGAGCCCUCAAAGGCACGCUUGGUCCUGCAUUUGAGAAUAAACGACGACUCCGAUGGGGUCGGGUCUCCCUAAUCGAGGGCACUGAAGUCGUCGUUGACGAAACAGGCAAGACUACCAUCGGAGAGGUGGUUUCAGCGGUCUUGCCGCUGCUCAACGAGAGCUGCUUGCUCCAGGAUAUCGAGCAUGACAUUGCUAUCCAGAUGUCCCAUGGGAGUAUCCCCUUGACACGGAGAGAAACUGCCCGCUCAGAUUCGAGGGAAUUCGAGGUGAGGGGGGAGUUAGUUGAUGGGCCCGUCCUCCUCAAAUCUUAUACCAAGCUAGUGGUGCACAAUGCCAUUGAGACAUCAGCGACGGACCAGUCCUCUUCGACCCCAUGGUUGGCGACGAAGAAGCGCGACUCGAUCAAACCAAAACCAACAGAUACGUCCUCGAAGUCCUCGGCAGGGUUGGCGACGUCCGAACUUGCCGACGACGAUGAGUACCACAAGGUGGUGAUCAUCAUCGACCAAUGGGUCGAUACUCACAAGCCCAGGUGGUCAAAAGCAUCUGUUUCAUGUAUUUCGGGUAAUGACCAAGCUUACAGCGAACCAUCCUAUCAACCGUUCGUCAGCGCAAACUGGAUGCUACAGACAGGGGCCAAACUUACCGAUAGCGACGUCAAGGGCGUGCUGUGCCGCCUCCACAUCUGA